AUGAGUUCCAGCAAUUUGACUGGGUUCGUGUUGGCCGUUGUUUCCAGUUCUUUCAUCGGUUCCAGUUUCAUCAUCAAGAAAAAGGGUCUUCAACUCGCCAGAGUCAACGGUCCUAGUGCCAGUGUUGGUGGCUAUGGUUAUUUGCUUCAGCCUCUCUGGUGGGUCGGAAUGGCUACCAUGAUUGUUGGAGAGAUAGCGAAUUUCGUAGCAUACAUUUACGCCCCGGCUGUUCUUGUCACUCCUUUAGGUGCUUUGACUAUUAUUGUUAGUGCUGUCUUGGCACAUUUUAUCUUGAAGGAAAAGCUACAAAAAAUGGGGAUGCUGGGGUGUCUUAUAUGCAUUUUGGGGUCUACUAUUAUUGUACUCCAUGCACCGCAAGAGAAGUCGCUUAGUUCUGUACAACAGAUAUGGGAAUUGGCCAUUCAACCUGCAUUUCUCAUGUACACGGCCUCUGCAAUUGCCAUAACAUUGUUCUUGGUUUUAUAUUGUGCUCCUCGCUAUGGCCAAACUAAUAUUUUGGUUUAUAUUGGAAUUUGCUCUAUAGUUGGGUCUUUAACUGUUAUGAGCAUAAAAGCGAUAGGUAUUGCAAUAAAACUUACACUAGAAGGUGCAAACCAGGUUUUCUAUUUUCAGACAUGGAUUUUUACAAUGGUUGCUAUCACUUGUAUCAUUGUCCAACUUAAUUACCUUAAUAUGGCAUUGGAUAACUUUAACACAGCAGUUGUUUCUCCAAUCUAUUAUGCAUUGUUCACCGCUUUUACAAUAUUAGCCAGUGCAAUCAUGUUUAAGGACUAUUCUGGUCAAAGUAUAGGUAGUAUUGUUUCAGAGCUAUGUGGUUUCCUGACUAUUUUAUCUGGAACAUUUCUAUUGCAUAGUACAAGAGAGCCCGAUCCUCCCGUCAAUACAGAUUUAUAUUCACCACUGUCUCCAAGAGUAUCAUGGUAUAUACAAGGAAACAAUGAAUCCUGGAAACAAAGGGAGGAAGAUGUAUCACCAUUUAAUUUAAUAGCGGUUAUACGGCAAGAUCAUUUCAAGUGA